UAUCAAAGCCAGACUGGUCCAUGCCACCUUCCUUUGCUCUUACACAACUUCAAAAACAAUAACUAAUAAACUUGUACCUUUCACUGGUACAGAGUAUCAUGAAUCAUGAAAGCUUCAAUUAGCAUCCCGUUAUUUCCGUUUAUGACUUCAUUUCUACUCCAAUUCUUAUUUGUUCUAUCAAUUCUUUUCAUUCCUCUUUUCCGUAUUCGUAUUAGUACUCUAUUCUUCUUCUUCUUCUUCUUCUUUUAUUCUUCUUCUUCUUUUUCUUCUUCUUCUUCUUUGUAGCCUGCUGUCUUUUUCUCUCCCUUUUCCCCCAAAAAGGCAAAUCACAUUUAGCAUGGAA